GCAUUGGCAAGCAGAUUCUUAACCACUGAAACCAUCAGGCACUCCCUCAUCUUUUUCUAAAAUAAUAAUUGUAGUGGAUCUUUGCUCCAACAUCUGUACACAGCAGUAGUAACCUAUGUAGCAUUUUCCAGUAAGUUGCCUGUACUAAACAUCCAGUCUCUUCCUUUGUGUGGAAUCUUUCAUGCACAUGUGCAUACAUCCAGCCUUAAAUUUUUGUGGACUUUAAAGCAUUUACAGUUUAGUCGACAGAGGUAAUAUAAACCAUCUGUCCAAGGCAUAUGCAAAGGCGCUAAAAUGCUUCGGGAAAGCUCUCUCUCAUACAAAAUCAAUUUAGGCCACGGGUAAAUGAGUGUGAAUAGGCGCGGUCAGCGAAGCCACUUAAUAUGAGUCUGAAUUUGGGAGGAAUCUCCUGGCUCCCUCGCGGAGCUGGACUGAGGCCCUGAGGCCAGAAGUGAAAGGUGAGAGCCUGCGGGCCUCAGCGGGGUGAGCAGGGCCGCGAGGUAGGGAGCCGGUCGCUGGCCGCGGUGCUGAACACGCUUGUGAGCUGCUCCCAGGUUGGCCCGCCGGAAGAGGCCCGGCGGGUCAGCGAGUUAGAAGGCAGCCUCCCGUUUCGCUCCUUAGUUUGUGGAUUCCUGGCUCCGAGGAGAGGACACAGUGGCCCCGUCCAGAGAGAGUCACCUGGAGAGCGUAGAGGCAGCCUCCGACCCAUCCCCACGGAGCGCAGCUUCUGCCCCUCAAUAGCAGUAACAGCAACGCUGCUGCCUCUAUUUAUGUAUUGAGCUACAACUCGGUCCCCAACACUCUUGACAUCCAUUCUCAGUGGUUUUCACAACAUCCUCGAAUGUGAAGCAAAAAGGUUGAUGAUUUACCCAAAGGCUGAUCUUUCUUAUCCGUGCCUCAAAAAAUGUUUACUGAUCACCCUCAACGUACCAGCCUUACAGCCUCGGCUAUGCCCCCUUUACCGGCUCCCCCCACCUCCGCCACGCUAGCGCGCCCCUUAGCUUGUCCUCUUCCUCCGAGGUUUGCUGCAGCAAAAGUAAUCUCCUCCACAGCAUAUGCCCUACCACCGCCCGGUUGGGGGACUACACAAAGCGCUGGAAUUCACAACAAUUUAUUCACACAUCUUGCUCCUUCGUUCUCAGAAGUCCACCAGAUGGGAUAUUCAAAACUAGUCCUGAGUCCCCAGCUCGCUGUGUGACCUUGGACAAGUGGCUGCACCUCUCUAAGCCUGCUUCUCCUCGCUAAGACGAUGGCCCCGAGAACUGAAGGUGUUCUCCGCGCUGUCCCCGCCCCCAUCCUCGGGUGUGAUCUGCCUUUGGGGCCACACUGAGCACGCGGCGCCCAAGGCUACUGGGGGAGCGCUCCCGCGCGCUCCAGCUUCGCAGUGCCGGGUCUCCGCUUCGCCGCGCUUUGGGAAAUGCCAGAAGCAGCUGGAGCCUGAACGCAAAGGGGAAGCAGGGUUGGUGAAGCUACCCCAGUGACAGCAUCCUCCCUGAGAGCCCGCGCGCACGCUCCUCCCUCGCACUCUUUUGCGCCCGGACCAGCCAGAUCCAGCUUCUCAGAGCAGUCACGUCCUUGCACCAGUUAAGCAGAAUCGGCAGCAUGUGGAAUACGACACGGAGCGAGGAGCUGGGGUCCAACCUCACGCUGCCUGACCUGGGCUGGGAUGCUCCCCCCGACAACGACUCGCUAACAGCCGAGCUGUCGCCCCUCUUCCCCGCGCCGCUGCUGGCGGGUGUCACAGCCACCUGUGUGGCACUCUUCGUGGUGGGCAUCGCGGGCAACCUGCUCACCAUGCUGGUGGUGUCGCGUUUCCGCGAGCUGCGUACCACCACCAACCUCUACCUGUCCAGCAUGGCCUUCUCCGACCUACUCAUCUUCCUCUGCAUGCCCCUCGACCUCGUGCGCCUCUGGCAUUACCGGCCCUGGAACUUGGGUGACCUGCUCUGCAAACUCUUCCAGUUUGUUAGCGAGAGCUGCACCUAUGCCACAGUGCUCACCAUCACCGCGCUGAGCGUCGAGCGCUACUUCGCUAUCUGCUUCCCGCUGCGGGCCAAGGUGGUGAUCACCAAGGGCCGGGUGAAGCUCGUCAUCCUGGUCAUCUGGGCCGUGGCUUUCUGCAGCGCCGGGCCCAUCUUCGUGCUGGUCGGAGUGGAGCAUGAGAACGGCACCGACCCUCGGGACACCAACGAGUGCCGCGCCACCGAGUUCGCCGUGCGCUCCGGGCUGCUCACCGUCAUGGUGUGGGUGUCCAGCAUCUUCUUCUUCCUGCCCGUCUUCUGCCUCACUGUCCUCUAUAGCCUCAUCGGCAGGAAGCUGUGGAAGAGGAGACGCGGCGAGGCGGCGGUGGGCGCCUCGCUCAGAGACCGGAACCACAAACAGACCGUGAAGAUGCUCGCUGUAGUGGUUUUCGCUUUCAUCCUUUGCUGGCUGCCCUUCCAUGUAGGACGAUAUUUAUUUUCCAAAUCCUUCGAGCCUGGCUCUGUGGAGAUCGCUCAGAUCAGCCAAUACUGCAACCUCGUCUCCUUCGUCCUCUUCUACCUCAGUGCUGCCAUCAACCCUAUUCUGUACAACAUCAUGUCCAAGAAGUACCGGGUGGCAGUGUUCAAGCUUCUGGGAUUUGAACCCUUCUCCCAGAGGAAGCUCUCCACCCUAAAGGAUGAAAGUUCUCGGGCCUGGACAGAAUCUAGUAUUAAUACAUGAUCACGCAUAUUGCUCAGUAAAGUCAUCGCUCAUUUAUCUAUACCAGAAGCCAUAGCAAAGCAGAAUUUGGUAGAAAGUUUGAAAAUUAAUUUUGAAAUUAGGUGCACAUAGGUCUGAGGACAAUUGGGAGCAAGAAAAGAUACACUUUGUAGUGUGUGAGCAGUUUUAUUUGAUUGCACACUCAUCAGUGCUAUCAUACAUGAUUUCUGCAUAUUUCACUGCCUAUCAUUUUUGCAUUCUGCUGUUGGUGCUAGCAAGGGCUCUGCAGUUCAGAGAAGGAAGGUCGCUUUUUACUAGACAAAUUCUAGCUCUAAUUUCUUUUUCAUAAUGAUAAUUUUUUAUUAAAAGAAUAAAAAAUUUAAAACAUGACUUUCAGAAGCUAGCAAAUUUCAUAGAGUUCUAGAUCAGUGCUAAGAGAAAUAUGAUGCAAAGUACUUAAGAAAUCAAUAUAAAAUUGUUAAUGAGAAUUUUAUGUUUUUUAUGUUAAAGUCUUUAAAAUCUGGUUUGUUUUUUAAAUUUUAAGUUCACCUUAAUUUGGACAUUGGGUGUUCAUCAAUAAUACUUGAUUUAUUGCAAUUUCAUAAAUUUUGCAGAAUAAAAAGUAGAUUCAUUAACCUAGGUUGUCUAAACAUACUUAAGAUUUCUCUAAUAACUAAAACAAACAUAAGUUUUUAACUUCAAAAUUAACUGAAAUUAGAAAUUCAGUUCUUCAAGUUGCAGUAGUCACAUUUCAAGUGUUUCAAUAGCCAAAUGUGUCUAAUGGCUACCGUAUUGGACAAUGCAGCUCUAGAGUAUAUGGAAAAUUAUUGUUAAUCUCAUAAAAAUGCUAAAAAUAAAUACUCAUUUCCUGAAAUGUUUUUAUAGUGAAAUUAGCAUAGGAGAGUGUUAGAGUGAUAAAUUCUAAGGAUUACACCUGAAUGCCGUGUAAUUUCUGCUUGGGAGAAAAUGGAUAUGAACUAUCAUACGCAUGCAUUUUAAUCAAGUUGGGUUGCAUGUGUUAAGUAAUAAGGAAAUGAAACUUUUUAAAAACUGUAGAAAAUCACAAAUUACUUUAUUUGGCUUAACAAAAAUACUUAAGCCAAUCAUAAGCCUUUGAUUUGUGAAUAAAGAAUAAUUUACCACUGACUCUGGAAAGUUUACAGAAACUUAGUAAACAUAGUAAAUUUUCAAAUGGUGAAAAAUUCAGUCCCUUCAAUGCUACUGUUGAUUGAUAUUUCACACUUAAAAAAGCCCUUAUGACCAUUUAUUUCAAAAUGCCUAUGCCAUGUCCUGUCUCCAGAUUAGUCAUGCUCUUUACAUCCCACUGCUUAUCUGAUAGAUAUGUUUACUUAGAUUUCCAGUAUUCCUCUUAAUCAUAAUUAUGAAUGGUUAGACACUGUCAACUAAAUAUUAUACAUAUUGGUUAUAAAUCUAAAACUUUCAUUUAUAUUACCAUUAUUCCUCUUAUAGUAAACUCUUUUAUAUUAAAUAUAAUAUUCCAAAAAUGAUUUUUUUCAUAGUCCUCUGUAAUACUGUCAUAUAAGCGAUUCCUUCAUGAAGUUAUUUGUUCAGUAUGGAACUGAUUGAACUAAUAAGGGAAAUUAUUGUCGUGACUGGUUUUCCCCACCAAAAGUAUAGAUUAUUAUGCCAAAAUAAUCAAUUAACUAUUUUUUAAAAAUGAAAAUAUAAUCAUAAUUAGAAUGAUUUCUCCAGAGAAAUAUUUCUAAAGUUCUUCCUGACACUAAAGCUGUAUUAUCACUAUAGUCUAAAUGCGGAACUUCAGCAAAUUGAUUACUCAGUUAAUUCUUUGGAGUAUAUCAUUUUUUAAAAAAAAUACUGAUUCAUUUAAGCCCAUUGAAUACUAAUUAGGUCAUUUAACAUUAUUGUUCUAAAUAGGUCCCAGGAUAUCUCAAAAAGGUAAUUCAUCUUGAAACCUUUUUUUUCUUUUUACAAAUAUAUCCUAUUUGAGAGGAAACAUGCAAAAAAAGGCUUGACUUGAUCACAUAGUUGAUUGCCUUGGAGAAAAACAACCCAACUUUUCAUUAUUCGGUGCACCUCACUCUCCACCCCCCACUUUCUUGUAGGUUCAUGUCCAUAGUGUCAGUGCAAAUUACAGGGAAUAGUUUCCAUAGCAGGGACCACCACUGUCCUUCAUUAGAACUCAGAGAAUAGUUUUAAAGAAAGGAAUUGUUAAUCGUGCUCUUAAUAUGAUCCCCUUUUUAUUUUUGUAACUUCUUUGUUUCAUCAUGGUCCAUAAAUUAUCCCAGACUCAGGGAAAAGAGGAACUUAUAUGAGGAAAAGUGUUCCUAAAAGUCCGUCAGUUCACAUUUAGUAUGUGCCUGGUAUGUUCUAAGCGCUAGAGAUUCAUAAGUUAAGUGUCUUUAUCCUUGAUGAGUUCAUGACCACGUGUGUGUUAUAGCAGGUACCUAAUAUAUUUAAAUUAUAAAGUAAACAUCUUCAGUGGACACUGCUGUGCACCUCCCUCUAUUGUUGUGUAUUGAGCUCAAAAUAAAUUCAGAAUAGGCUGCUAGUACACAAACUAGUCAAAUUUGUAGAUGUAGUUAUUGUCUGCCAGUGCAUUCUUUUUCAAUGUAAAAAAAGUAAAUUGGUUUCAGUUAUAAUCUGUGUUUCUGUUUUUCUGGUUACUUAGAAUCAAGGUUUCUAUUACCACACCUUACACUGUGUCAUAAAAUCGAGGGUUGGACUAUUUUCAUUUUUGGAAGUGACUGUUGUAUGAGAAAGAACUUUUGAAUAAUUGCUUUUAGGAAAAUAAUCAUUGCCACAAAUUAUUUAAAAUUGUAAGUGUUGUGGCAAUGAGAAUGAGAAACACUUAUAAUGUCUGGCCAGACCUUGGAAACCAUUUCUUUAUGAUCCAAGUUUUUUAUUGCAAUGAAGUUUCUUGUGAUGGGAUUUGACUUGAAAUUCCACCUUUUCCACUCCAAUGCUUUUACUAAGAACCUGAAACCAUUAUAAUUUAUAAUUGUUAGUUCAACAUUGACAAUUUUAGCUGUAAUUAUUUUGCUGUUUUUCAUUUAUUGACGUGCUUGAAUUUAACAUUUUUUAAAAUCUGUGAGAUUUUUUGCAAGAUUGGUGCCUGAAAAAUACUCCCCUGUCUUUUAAAAAAGUGUGUUUUCAAAAGGUGUGUGCCUCUGUAAAAUGUGACAUGUAUACAUACAUAUAUCAAGAUUUCUUGUCACUGUGUCUAAGUUAAUAGAAUAGAGCAUUCUGCUUUCAGAAACACUGUCUUCAGUGUAAAUAAUGCCAUUAAAAGAUAAAGAUAGUGUCACUCAUGGUUCAUAAUCUAAUGAUUCUCCUAUGAUUUAUUUGCAAUUUAAAUCACACAUUGUCAUUUAAAAACUGUAAAUUAAAUUUCAAUUACAUUAUCCAAGCCUGGAUAUAUAUAAUUGGAACCUAACUAGAUGAUUAGUGACCAAUGUUAAUUCAAUGAAUUGACAAGACAUUUUUCAUCCAGAGAAUGAUCUCCAUGUCAAAGCCAACAAAAAGCAAUGUGCCGGUGGUAAAUGCUCACUGCUGUAAGUUCAUGUCACUUAUUUAUUCAUAUUAAAUGAAUUCAGUCAUGUUAAUUCUUGACAAUAAUCUCUUUGAAGCAGGUGAUGGGGAAGAUUUUGGUGAGGCUUAUUUUGGGUUUUUCCUUUUGAAUGCAAAUUCUGGCAGGGUGUUGGAGUUUAGCCAUUUUGGUUGAGAGAAUUAUCAUCACCCUUUGGAAAAAAAGAAAAAGCUGUCGUGUCUAUGUCCUUCCCAAUUGCUUGGAUAUUUGCUGGAAUCUCAAUAAAUAAUUUAUGUUGUGACACAUACCCUUAAAGGACUACUGACUACCCUCAAAACUGACAAACCAUUAAGGCCUUCCAAAAGCAUGUCUCAUGUCAACUCUCAGAAAAUUCUCCCAAAAUGUUCAUAGAUUUUCUUUCUAGAACUAUUCUGCCUCCCGGCCCCAGAGAAAGUGCUUGGGAAGAAUAGUUUCAAAGAUUUUCUGUGAUUUAAGCAUCUCAAAUCUAAAGAUUUCUCUGGCUCAGACAACAAAAAUAUUUAUAUUUUUCAAUUUUAACUCAGUAAAUUUAGGAUACUAAAGAGCCCUUGCUCAUAUAAAUAUAUUCAUACAGCAUAAUCUCCCAUUUCGCUUAUACCUGCUGUUCUCUAUGUCUGUGUAGAAUUUACAACUUAGUUGAUUUAUAUUGUCCCAGUAUAAUCUAAGUGUGACUAAUGAUAUUUUGUUUUGUGAUUCUUUUUAUUUAAGGUUUUUGUGGAUAUUAAAGAGUUUACUUUAGCUCUCCAUGUACUUGUAUUAUGAAAUUAGGCGUUGGUUUUCCUUUCUUUGGGUGUCCUUAACCAAAUAAUUGCUUAAUAAAAAAAGCUUACAGCUAAUUUCUUCUGCUUACAAGGAUAAAUCUUGG